GUGUCCUGGCGCGGUGUGUAGGAUUCCCUGCUGCUGCCCCCAGCACAGCGGCGGCAGAGGAGGCCCGAGGUCCAGGAGGGGAUGGAGCAGACACCAGGAGCCAGGACGGAGCAGACACCAGGAACCAGGAUGGAGCAGACACCGGGAGCCAGGACGGAGCAGACACCAGGAGCCAGGACGGAGCAGACACCAGGAGCCAGGACGGAGCAGACACCAGGAGCCAGGACGGAGCAGACACCAGGAGCCAGGACGGAGCAGACACCAGGAGCCAGGAUGGAGCAGACACCAGGAGCCAGGAUGGAGCAGACACCAGGAGCCAGGAUGGAGCAGACACCAGGAGCCAGGAUGGAGCAGACACCAGGAGCCAGGAUGGAGCAGACACCAGGAGCCAGGAUGGAGCAGACACCAGGAGCCAGGAUGGAGCAGACACCAGGAGCCAGGAUGGAGCAGACACCAGGAGCCAGGAUGGAGCAGACACCAGGAGCCAGGAUGGAGCAGACACCAGGAGCCAGGAUGGAGCAGACACCAGGAGCCAGGAUGGAGCAGACACCAGGAGCCAGGAUGGAGCAGACACCAGGAGCCAGGAUGGAGCAGACACCAGGAGCCAGGAUGGAGCAGACACCAGGAGCCAGGAUGGAGCAGACACCAGGAGCCAGGAUGGAGCAGACACCAGGAGCCAGGAUGGAGCAGACACCAGGAGCCAGGAUGGAGCAGACACCAGGAGCCAGGAUGGAGCAGACACCAGGAGCCAGGAUGGAGCAGACACCAGGAGCCAGGAUGGAGCAGACACCAGGAGCCAGGAUGGAGCAGACACCAGGAGCCAGGAUGGAGCAGACACCAGGAGCCAGGAUGGAGCAGACACCAGGAGCCAGGAUGGAGCAGACACCAGGAGCCAGGAUGGAGCAGACACCAGGAGCCAGGAUGGAGCAGACACCAGGAGCCAGGAUGGAGCAGACACCAGGAGCCAGGAUGGAGCAGACACCAGGAGCCAGGAUGGAGCAGACACCAGGAGCCAGGAUGGAGCAGACACCAGGAGCCAGGAUGGAGCAGACACCAGGAGCCAGGAUGGAGCAGACACCAGGACCCGACACAGCAGCCGCCCCGCGCGGCCUCCACGCGGGGGCUGUUUCCCAGUGCCGCAGCUGCCAGGUCACCGGCCACAGUCUCUGCAGAGCCAGGACUUUGAGGUGUGCCACUAA